AUGGAAAGAAGGCUUAUAAAGAAGGAAGUGAAAAAGCUCCUGGGAGAUUAUAUUGGCAUCAGACUUCGGGAAAACGAAUUUGACCCAAAAGGAAGACGGCAACUCACCUUGCUAGACGACAUGGCUCACUAUGACUUGGCCAUCACUGUUGCUUUGCAGUGGCUGAAUCGCUCAGAAGACUUAACGUGGCUGGACUGGGAGGAAGUGAAAACGCCAUUCCAUGGCAGACCCACAUAUCCAGACCGCAGAGAGCGCGAAGCUAUGAUUUUAUCAUCUUACGCUGGAAUCUUAAUGAACAGUAUCUCAAUUGAGGAAGUCUUUAAAAUUUAUGGGGCUGAUUCUUCUGCCAAUUCUAGUGCUACUAAGGCUCCCCGAGUGUCCUCUCUCCGCCUCUCCUUGCACCCGUUUGCCAUGUUAACAGCACCCAAGGCAGCAGAGUACGCCCGCAGACAGAGUGUCAAGCCAAGAAAGGGAGCAACAAACAAAAAUGCCACCAGCCGCUCGACUGAGGGAGCAAAGGCCACGGAAUGGAAAUCAUCCAAAAGUUUUUCAGACACUCAACCAAGGAACAAAAUCUACUCCCUCCAAGUGGUGGAAGGCUGCUGGGUCCUCUACGAGCUGCCCAACUACCGUGGGCGGCAGUACCUGCUGAGGCCCGGGGACUACCGGCGGUACCACGACUGGGGAGCCAUGGAUGCCAAAGUUGGCUCUUUGAGGAGGGUCAUUGAUUCUUGCUAG